AUGCAGGCGCUAUAUGCUGAUGAUGAUGCUGAUGGAGUUUCUGCCGCUGAGCUGGCCGCGAACUUCAUGGAGUUGAAAGGUUGGACGGCCACAUGCCGCCUAUGCCACAAAACUCCGACUCUGGACCAGUGCAGGGCGCACAUUAUCAGCACAGUGCACCAGAGACGCAUGCGGUACGCCGGGCUCGACCCUCUGUCGCACCUACCCGACGAUCAGCUCGAAUUCGCGGUCGUGGAAAACAACACUGCGAUUUGCAGUUUAUGCGGCAAACAGAUGCAAGAAUCGCAUCUGUAUUCCAACAUGCAUCAGAAGAGGGCGAUGCGAGCAAGAACGAAGAACAGGCUGCGAGAUCGUGAGGCAUUAACACUGGCGUUGGUGCAGGACCCAAAGCAAACCACCAUCCGGUUUGUGGCGCCGAGUCCGCCUGCGGACGAGGAGCCUCCACACGGGAACGAGAUUGACGCCGAUCGAGAGGUGUUGCGGCUGUUGCGGCAACGAAGGUCGCCACAAGGAUGGCAGGAACUGGACAGACGCGCUUCCGCGUGGCUACGGACAACACCCCCGACGUGGAGCAGUGAGGCGAUCGACUACUAG